AGAAAUUACGAAAGCGAAACGAGACCCAGAAGUGAUCUGGAAUCGUCGAGACCGGGAGGUCAAGAGGAAAUUGACGCUUCGUUGACUCAGCGCCCAACAGAGCCUGUGGAGCCGGCAGCGGGGUCCAAAAGACAUUCAACCUUGUGUUAUGUGGGGAAUUAUCCCCCUUUCAAAGCAUGGCCACGAUGGGAGACUUGCAUGAGGAUGUCCUGGUGGAGAUCUUAUCCCAUGUUCCGGGAAAGGAGUUGGUUUUAAGGUGCCGACUGGUCUGCCGGCUGUGGAAGGAGUUGGUGGAUGGAACACACAUUUGGAAGGAGAAGUGUAUUCGUGAAAAGUUUUUCAAAAGAGACAUGCACUGGAUUCCAGAGGACUGGAUGAAGUUGUAUUUCCUGCUACCUACGGUGAAUUUGAUUAAAAACCCUUGUGCAGAAGAAGGUUUUCAGUUUUGGGACAUUGAGGAUAAUGGUGGAGAUGAAUGGAAAAUAGAAACUUUACCAGGGGCACAUGGACAAACCUUGCCCGAUGGAACUGUAAAAAAAUAUUUUGUGACAUCUUAUGGAUUAUGCCGGAAAUCUCAGAAAAUUGAUCUGCUGGCAUAUGGACUGUGGAGGAAUCUGCUCGAUUUAAUGCAGCCUAAAAUUGUAGUGAGUGAUUGGUAUGCAGCAAGACGUGACUGCGGAUGUGUUUACACUUUGGAGGUAGAGCUGCUGUCUGAAGAUGGGAAACCCAUCCACAAGUACACGUCAGAGCAAGUUACAAUCCCACAGUGGAGUGAUGCAAAAUGGAACCAGAUGACUCACGUUUUCACAGAUUAUGGACCUGGUGUUCGAUAUGUUCGGUUUGCACAUGAGGGGAGAGACACGCAGUUCUGGGCAGGAUGGUACGGAGUGCGAGUUACCAACAGCAGUGUUACCAUAGAACUAUGAUUGUUCUGGGACCAAGGUUUGACUGAGUGAAUAAGACCAAACAUUUUAUCAAACUGUAAAACAAAAGCGAAAUGUCCCAGAUGCUGGAAAUCUGAAAUAAAAACAGGAAAAGCAGUAAAAUACUCAACCGGACUGUCAGCAGCUGUGAGGAGAGAAACAGUUACUGUUUCAGGUCGAUGACCUUUUAGGAGAAUUCUGAUGAAAGAUCAUCGACCUAAAACGUUAACUCUGUAUCUCCCUCCACAGAUGCUGCCUGCCCUGAGGAGUGUUUUCUGGCACUUUUGACUUUAUCAAAGAGAAUUAUCAAAUUAUUAAAUCUGAUUUAUGUUUUGUACAUUGGAUAUGAGAAUACCGGUGAAUCCACUUUAUUCUUGCAUAGUCUGUGAAUAAUGUCCGGAGGAACUGACUCUUUCAUGAUUGUUAUUUUUUUCAACCAGGAUUUAAAAUGGGUUAAAAUAAUAGGCUGAGAGAUGUGAGAAAAGGCGCUGUUGACACAUUCAUUGCUCAUAUUUGAUACGUCAAUCCCGUAGGUUCAUCAACAAUUUAGCGUUAGUUACAGUGAACCAGGUAACUUGCAAAAACGCGAUCGAAAGAAGAUAUGAAGGAGAUAAAUUGUCUAAGGAACUUCACCUUUUUCAGCUUAGAGGGGAAGCACUUUAGGAGAAUGUUAUUCAAAGUGUUCUCCCAAGUUGCAGUGAGGUGCUGUCCAGAGAGUGGGUUGCAUUGAGUGGCCUCCCAAUUUGGUGUGAAAUCACGUUGAUUGAGUAAAGUUUCUCUGGGAUCCUGAUAGCUCCAUCCAUUUUAAGGGGGCCUGGAGGGUAAAACACUCUGGGUGGGGUGGGGUGGGGCAGGGUGGGGGUAGGGUGCGGCGAUCAUUGGAGUAGGAAACCAUUUCUCAGAAUAGGAAUGACUAUUUUUAGAAUUCUCUCAUUUUCACUGACACUGGGUGAGUAUUUUAAAGAAAUGACCCUUUUCCAUUUACUGGGUUUGAUGUAAUUAAAGGUAGAUUGUUGUUGAAGAAAUGGGAUUGACAUUGAGAUGUUAAAUAUUAGUAAUGACUGUGAAAGCACUUUUUUUGCCAUCUUUGUCUAUUAUUUUAACGUGUGCUAAUAGGUUUUACCUGCUGGAUGGAGGAAUCCCAUAUAAAUUAAUAUCGUGGCACAGUUUCAGCGCAAAUACAUCUGAAUUAUUUUACUUGAGAUAUCAACAAAUUAUCCCAAACAACUAUUCCCAGUGUGUGGAGUCCAUUGCGUCUUUGAUUAAGUAGCUUCCAUAUUCUUUUCAUCUGUUUGGCUGAAAUGCGUUUAAGAGGCAUAUACGUUGUGGGGAAAAAAGUGGCAGAUUCGCUUUAGUUUCCAUACAAUGCACCUGAUGCAAAUACCAUUGAAAUGCAUCAAUUGUUUGUGCCUGAUGCCAUUUUGGAAGAAGGAACACACAGAUUUCCUGUCUCUUUGCCUCCCUCCCUACCCCUCAACCAAAUAAAAAGGAAAACUUUUUCCCAAAGUGGUUUUGCAUGCAGACGGUUCCCUCUUUUCUCAUUUUUGAGGGACAGUUUCUCUGCUAUUUGUAGUAAGUUGUGUUAGCACAUCUGUGUCCUGUUUGCUGCUGUUUUAAACCAAUUGCUAACCCGUUUAUGUGGAUUAAUGAAAGCAUUUAAAAUGGAAUGUGGGAGAGAACUCACAAAUUGCUGUAACACACUAGGGAGAAACAUUGCGGAGAGCAAUUUAAACAUGUUUACUCACCAUGGUUGAGAUAAGUCUGCUUUAGCUGAGCUGUGUGUGUCCAUGACACAUUCUAGAUCAACUGAGCAAUGCUACUUGGUAAAAGUUUGAGAGAUGCUUGUUAGCAUUGUGAAAUACACAUCUGUUCAUUUCCGAGAUGACUUUGCUCUGUGAUUGGCCAGCUGGAGGCAAAAAUUGCAAUGGUCCUGGUCAACUGAGAUAGAAGCAUAAUUGCGAGAAAGACCAGGAUGGUCUCUAUCUUAAAGAGUCAAGACAUGUUAACUGUUCAGGUGUGACCAGAAAGUGAACUUGCCCUCCUUGUUACGCAUGUUGCAUUUCCAUCAUGUUGUGGACAGGGGAAGGCGAGUUCUCCGGGUCUUUUGUACUCUUCCUGGGCAGUGAUACAAAUUUGUAAAGUUUAUUUUAUUUUCAUAAUAUGAAGAGCAUAAAGUCCCAUGAACCACUUCACAGACCAAAGUGAAUGAGAGCUUUUGCACUGACAGGGCCUCGCUGUCUAGAGUUACUUAUUGUGAGAACAUGCUAUUGAUAAUGCUGAUAACUAUUAACCCUCAUUUAUCCACCAAAGCAUUAUUGCUUCUUGUCUGAACAAAACCAACAUGUUCUUUAUUCUUGUUUUGUGCAAUUGCCUCCUGUAAACUGCUAUUACAGAGCAUGUAUGCAAUAAAGUGUUCCUUAAAUACUCAAAA